AUGGCUGACAGCGACACCAGGAUGUGGGGCCAUAGCGUGCAGGUAUCGUCCGGCCCGGUCACCGUCACGUCCAUCAAUCUGAUCGCUCCUCGUCUGCAGCCCAACGCGCAGAUCACCACGAUAAAAGAGGAACCUCACGACAAGGACGGCACAAUGACUGAAAUAAAAGAUGACAUCAUCGACGAAGUAGGUUCUGAAUGUGAUCGGGAAGUAAGUAAGAUUGACUUCUCCGGAGUUACUAUGAGAAGUAAAAAAAUGAGAGCUGUAGAAGAAAACAUGCCCCGGCCAAUGUCCUGGGAAGGAGAACUUUCCGAUUCGGAAAUGAAACAGGAAGAAGAUAGGACGGCGGACGUGCAGACAGCGAAUCAAAAUUAUUUACUGCCUCGAAAUGAGAAUUUAAAUAACCAACAAUCGUCUCCAGUGAAACGAAUUAUUUAUAACGAUAAUAAUUUGGUCGACCGAGUGAUGGAGCAUGUCAAGAGCAAAGUAACUUCGUCGAACAACGACAUUCCGUUACUUGUUGAUAAAUUGUUAGGUGGCGGUUACAGUCCGUUACUCCAACAUAGAACUAAUGGAGUCAAACAUACAUCACACAUUCCACCGACUCAAAGCCCAGACUCGGCCAUACACUCUUGUUGCUCACCUGCACAGUCACCAAUCACUUCCAGACACAAUCCUCCGUCAUCUUCAGGGUUUUCGUCCCCAUCUACAUUCACACCGUCGUCAUUGUCGAGGAAUAAUAGUGAUGCUUCGCAAUACGGUGGAUCACAACAUAGUUCUUGUUAUAGUCAAAGUUAUUCCUCGCUGUCUGUUUCGCCUACACAUUUUUCCCCGACACAAUCACCAAUACAGCCAAGACACAUACAAAGAAAUUUUCAUGAAUAUACUGUGACAGAGGAAACCAAUGGCUAUGAAGAGAAAUUGUCAAUGUCCGACAUUAAUCAACAACAUGGUAUAACAUCUGGCAUUUCAAGACAACAACUCAUAAAUAGUCCCUGUCCAAUUUGUGGUGAUAAAAUUUCUGGUUUUCAUUAUGGCAUAUUUUCAUGUGAGAGUUGCAAAGGAUUUUUCAAGCGCACUGUACAAAAUCAUAAGAACUAUGUGUGCCUACAUGGUUCGGCAUGUUUGAUCACAAUAGCUACACGCAAGAAGUGUCCAGCUUGCCGCUUUGACAAGUGCUUGAAUAUGGGUAUGAAACUAGAAGCAAUCAGAGUUGAUAGAACAAGAGGUGGACGUAGUACCUAUCCGUUUACUUACACAAUACCGCCUUCCAAUAUGCAGCCACAACAUAGUGGACAGCACUCAGGAAUGAGCACUAAUUCUGUAGAAAAUAAAGUCAAGCAGGAAGAACGUGCAUGCAGGUCUCCACCCCAAGAAGCAGCCAGACUGAUCCCUCAAUUAUUGCAAGAAAUAAUGGAAGUGGAACACUUAUGGACUUAUAAUGAAGGCUCAUUUGAAUCAUCAAGUGCUAGUGGAAGUUCUAUGAAUCAUUGUGGUGGUGCCAAAGAAAUAGCUAAAAGUCGCUUAAUGGCUGAAAAUUCAGGAACAGAUUUUCUUUCCAAUUUAUGCAACAUUGCUGAUCAUCGGCUAUACAAAAUAGUCAAAUGGUGCAAAUCAUUACCGUUAUUUAAAAACAUUUCGAUCGAUGAUCAGAUAUCGUUAUUGAUAAAUGCCUGGUGUGAGCUACUGUUAUUCAGUUGCUGUUAUCGAUCAGUUAGCAGCCCCGGGGAAAUACGUGUUAGCCUGGGCAAGUCCAUUUCUUUAGAUCAAGCAAGAGAAUUAGGUUUAGCACCUUGUAUUGAGCGCAUGUUGAAUUUUACUCAGCACCUGAGACGUUUGAGAGUAGAUCGUUAUGAAUAUGUAGCCAUGAAAGUCAUUGUGCUAUUAUCAUCAGAUACAAAUGAUUUGAAAGAACCAGAAAAAGUUCGUGCAUCUCAGGAAAAAGCAUUACACGCUCUGCAACAGUAUACUCUGACACAUUAUCCGGAGAUGCCAUCCAAAUUUGGAGAACUGUUGUUAAGGAUACCUGAUUUACAACGUACUUGUCAGGUUGGAAAAGAAAUGUUGUCAAUAAAGAGUAAGGAAGGAGAAGGGCAAAGCUUCAAUCUUUUAAUGGAGUUAUUGAGAGGCGAUCAUUAA